AUGAAUCUGGUACUGGCAAACCUGUAUGAUUUUUCAUUAAAACCAAGGGAGGAGACAGAUUUCAAGGAAAUAUACCCUGAUCUUGAUGAAACUUGCCAACUUCCUGUAUUUGUCAUCGAUAGGAAUACUAAUUCAGAGGAAUCCUCCAACUUACGUCAUGCAGUGAACUUAUCUGAACUCAAAGCGCCUACGUAUAGACGAGUCCCACAGUUGAGCUUAACACCCACAAACCUACGAUUCAGCAAGCAAUUAUCGGAGUAUGGAUUUCAAAACCCAUCCAAGUUAACAAACAAACCAAAUCCAGAUACAUACAUUAGACCAUUCCAGCUCAAUGCAUCACUUAGGGAAACGACGGCAUCAAUUGAAAAGUUCAUUGAGAAAAAGAAAAAUCUAGUGGAAUAUGAUAUGGAUGAACAGGACUAUUUGUUUUUGCAAGAUCGAAACAACCAGCCCGAAAAUGUUAUUAAAAUUACACCAGAAGUUUUCGAAAUCAUGAUGACGUCUUUGGAGAAUCAAUGGUGUGCAUUAGAAUUGAAAAUGAACUCCAUUACGACGAAUGUGGGGAGCAGUACUAGUGAUCCUGGAUCGAACCACAAAUUGCUCACUAUAGGUCACAAUAAUGCCAAAUACGGAAAUGAUGAUGGGAUUGUUCCUGGGUCCAUUUAUGAUCAAAAAUGUGCUAUUUGUAAUGAUAGUGAUUGUGAUAAUGCCAAUGCCAUUGUUUUUUGUGAUGGGUGUGACAUUGCAGUGCACCAGGAAUGUUAUGGGGUUGCAUUUAUUCCUGAAGGUCAGUGGUUAUGUCGGAAAUGUAUGAUUAAUAAAAACCGAACAACAGAAUGUGUAUUUUGUCCAAGUACGACUGGUGCGUUCAAACAAUUGGAUAACAGCUUAUGGAGUCAUGUAAUUUGUGGAUUGUGGAUUAAUGAAUUAUAUUUUGCCAAUCCGAUUUAUAUGGAACCCAUUGAAGGGAUGGAAGGAAUACCAAAAAGCCGAUGGAAAUUGACUUGCUAUAUAUGCAAGCAGAGAGUGGGUGCUUGUAUUCAGUGUUGUAACCGAAGUUGUUUCCAAGCAUACCAUGUAACUUGUGCCAAACGUGCUGGGUUGUAUAUGAGUAUGACGCAGGGUAUCAAAGGCGCAAUAAGCAAUAAAUUGACAUUAAAGUCGUACUGUGAGAGACACAGUCCCGCUGAGUUUGAUGAAACCAAAGUGCUAGAUGGUAUAAGAAGAACUAGGUUGUAUUAUCGCGAUACAAAGUUAUUGAAUGAGGAGAAUGCACGAUUGAGCAAAGAUAGAGAAACUGCAAAUAAAUUGAAUAUCUUCAAAUGGAACACGGAAGCUAACACACCAAUUGCCCCUAAAUUAUUUAGCGACGUUCUAGUCCAGAUACUAUAUCAGUUGAAAGUGGAAAAUCAAAUAAGUUUACCUGAGGAAUCGACGAACGAGGUAUUGCAUUUGAAGGUUUUGCCCAAUCGAACCAAGAUGGAGAUUUUGCAAGAUUUAAGGUCAAUUGCCGAUGAAGUGUGUCGAUAUUGGUGUUUGAAGAGGAAACUGAAACGAGGGGCAUCUUUGAUUCGCAAAAACAAUAAUUUGAUAGCAACAAGCUCAAUAUUAUAUGAUUCUAACUCUCUUGAAAAUAACAAUGCUUGUGAACUGACAAAGAAAAUAGAAUUUGCUGAAUCGUUGGUAAGUGAUAUUGAUAGACUAAUUUCUAUGGGUGAAAUGUUAACAGACGAACAAGAAGCAAAUCAUGAAAUAAAUCUGGUGAGUUUUGAUGUUGUUGAUCUGGUAUACUUUCCUUUGAAACAACUUAUUGAGUUGACAAUAAUGCGUCUAAAUAAUAAAUUUGAUUUCAAUGAAACUUUACGAACUUACAAACCCAAAUCAGAUGCUGUUAUUUCUUUAAAUUCUAUUUCGGGAAAGAAUUCACAAUAUGGGUACCAAUCGAUAGAUCAGCUCGAGCAGGAUGUCGAAAAUUUGCGAGAAUACAUAUUCCAAGAGAACAAGCCUAGCAGUGCUGUGUAUAAAAAAAUGAAAAACUGGAUUGCAGGAUUUCGUAAAGAAUUACCGUCGUUACAAGUAUUUGAAAAGGAUGUUAUAAACGAUGGGAACCAAAAGAGCUCGCUUUCGUUUCCCAAUGUUAGAUCAGCUGGAACAAAUACCGAUUUGAAACUUGUUGAUUAUCGUACAAUUUUGGAAGAGAACGAUCUCAGUGAAAUUGACGAUGAUGAGAUUGAAUCUGUUCAAAAUCAAAAAGAGUUAGAGAAAUUUUUGCAAGACUAG